GCUUUGAUUUGUGUUUACGUAUUGACAGCUGUAAGCAGUGAGUGUGUGCUUGAAACUCACAAUGAACGGUGACUAUGGCGUCUUCAAUUUUAGUUGGAGUAUUAAUAAUUCUCCUGGAAACGAGCACCAUAUCAGGAACAUGUGCAGAGCAUUUUUAUGAUUACGGAACACAAAAUGUUGUGUUGGAGUUUAAUUUUAGAUGGGUUAUUUCCGAACAAAAACACGUACUCUGUUUUUUUGGAUCCAACAAAAUAGGAGAGUGCUAUGAUUCAUUUGGAUAUAUAUGUGCUCUUAACUCAACGAGCACAGGUGUAUACAGUAUAUCUACGAAUAUAGAUUUAACCGGUGUGAAUGUUACAAUAAUAACAUUCAAUAGCACAACGUCGGGAAACUACAGUUGUUCUAAAAAUACUUUUACAGAAAAUGUCACCAAAUGUGUACAAAACGCAGUUUCAACAACUGCUACACCUACGACUAUUAGGACAACUCCUGAACCUGAAGUGGCAAAGGCUUGUGGAGCUGAACAUGUUACAGCAGUUUGGACCAAAGCAAACAUUGCAGUUUUUACCUACGGAAUAAUCGUCUUCGUCUUGUCGAUUGUGGAAAUAAAAUAGUAUCUAGGCCCUAUAGAUUUCGUGUACAUGGGUAAUAUUGGAAACCUGGUAAGUAACGAGCAGCUUAUAUGAAUAACAAAAUAAACUAAAAUAAAUGUACCUUCUGUAUCUUUCGAAUUCACUACCGAAUUUACAAGAUAGGACUUUAGGUUUAGCCUUCAAACUCCGAAUACGUCUGAGCGUCCUUCCGUCAGUACGCAGGAAUUUCUUAUUCCUGCAAUUUCGCAAACUUUUCGAACUUGGUAUACUUAUAAAGGGAACUGUGGCAAUUAUGCGCUAGAUGAUUCUUGUUUUGCGUGCAAUACAAUCCAAGCCUUGUUUAAAUGUAUGCAUAGAUAUAGGAUCUGACACGAGUUCUCAUUUCAUACCAUAUUUUAUUAAAAGAGUUCAGAAUU